AAAUGAAUCUAACAAAAUCCCACAUAACUAUGUUUUUAUUCAACACUAAAUCAUAAAACAAAGUCAAAAGUACAUUAUGUGAAUAGUGCACAAAGUCAAAACGUGUCAACUAAAAAACGAAAGUAAAUAUAUUGACAAUAUAUCAAGACAAAUCUAACAAAAUUCCACGAUGAAGAGAAUAAUUGCGAUAGUGUAAAAUUGUUCAAAAUUACUGUAAAUAGACUCAACUUGUUCCAGCAAUCAUUCCUAACAAGCUAUUAAAAAGGCAUGAGUAGCAGCUAUAUAAACUCAUGUUAUAUGAAUGCCCAUAAACUAAACUAAACCUUCCUCUUUCUCCCACCAAACUAAUAAACACCAAAUUCGAAAAAAACAAAGAAAAAAAAAUGCCAAUUCCAAAGGAAGAAUCCAAGAAAAAUUUAGUCUUUGACAUAAGAGUAGCAACAGUAGUGCCUGGAAAAAUUACUGGUGAAAACAAAACAUAUGAGUUAAAAGGCAUAGAUUUGGCCAUGAAAUUGCAUUAUCUUAAAGGCCUUUAUUUCUUCAAUAACACCAACAUAACAACUACUACUACUAAUAGUACUAAUAAUAACAAUGGUACUAGUAACUUUUGGAGUGUUAAAGAAAUGAAGAGUGUGCAUAUGUAUGAUUGGCUUAUCUCUUACUUUGUGGCUUGUGGGAGGAUCCGGGCCUCUUCUGAUGAGACCGGUGACCGGCCCUCGAUUAAGCUCAAUGAUGCCGGUAUAAGGGUUGUCGAGGCUCAGUCGAACAAGACUGUCGACGAGUUGCUUGCUAUGGAGGAUUUCUUGUCGAUGCAAGAUCAACUUAUCUAUAACCAUUCUCUUGGUCCUGACUUGCCCUUUUCUCCUCUUGUUUGUCUACAGGUGACAUGGUUCAAGUGUGGAGGAAUUUCAAUGGGCCUAAGUUGGGCUCACAUUCUUGGUGAUGCAUUCUCAGCUACAGAAUUUAUGAACAUGUGGACCCAAUAUAUGCAAGGUCACCAUCAAAACCCCAAAACUCUUGCCAUUCAACAUCCUUCACAGCCCAAAUACAAGCCUUUGAGCCCAACUCAAGAGCCCACUUCAGUGAAACGGGUCAACCCGGUGGGUGAUCAUUGGGUUAACCCAACCAAUUGUAAGAUAGGUACCCAUACUUUUCAUCUUACUCCACAACAACUUGAUCAAUUGCAUUUGAAGGUGCAUGGUUCCAAAAUGAAUGAUAAAGAUUCAAGCCAAUGUUUUGAGGUAAUUACAGCAAUUAUAUGGAAGUCCAUAGCAAAAAUUAGGAAUGAUUUGGAGACCAAAAAUGUGACUAUUUGUAGACCAAAAACAAUCAAGAAGGAACAUGGGAUGCCCUAUAAUGGACAAGUAUUAGGCACAGUCGAGGCGAAAUUUUCAGUGUCGAGUGCUGAUCCUUUGACACUAGUACAUUUGAUUGCUGAAAAUUAUGUUGAUGAGGGCAACAUGGUUGAAGAAUUGGUGAACCAUGAUGUGAGUAAAUUUGACUACAUUGUUUAUGGGACAAACCUAACAUUUGUUGACAUGGAACAAGUUGAUAUUUAUGGUUUUGAAAUAAAAGGAAAGCGUCCAACAUUUGCUUGUUACACUAUUGAUGGAGUUGGGGAUAAAGGAUCAAUUUUGGUACUUCCGGGCACAAAAGAUGGCAAACUUGUUGUGCUACAUCUAGAUGAAAAUGAAAUUGAAUCCUUCAAACAUGAGUUAAAUAAAGAAUGGUGCAUUGCAUAAUUAUAAUUAUAAUUUAAAGUUUUUUUUUCCUUCUAUUUAUUUAUUUGUAAUAUUGUUGUAUGUAUUAUAUAUUAGUGUUAUGAUGAAAUAAAUUUAUUAGUGUUAUGAUAAAAUAAAUUUAUUAAUGAGAAAAUGAAGAGCUUUGCAAACUUCAUAUUUCAAGCUUUGGAAAUGUAUUACCACAAUUUAUAUAUACAAUUGCAUUUUUCAA